CCAAGCCAGCUGACGCAAAGCUGUCACACUUAAGUCACAGCUGCUAAAUGCAUAUGAAAUUGGUAAUGUAAAAUCAGAGUUUAUUUUUCGGUUUAAGGACGCAAUGUGGCCGAUUAUAAUGGCAAUUUUGAGGCGUAACGCCGUUUAUAUAACACUACCUAUUGCCGGUGUAGUUGGAUUUAUAGGUUAUAAUCUGGAGAGCUUGCUGUCGGACAAAUAUACACCGUACAGUCCUUCCAUUCAGGAUAACCGUGCUGCGCGCUUGAGUGAAGACGACGUUAUAGAUAACGCCACUAAAGUAGAAAAAUUGCAACUCAGAAGUCCAGUGCUGGAGCGCAAUUUGUCACCAUCUUUGCAGCCAAAGGCUUGAAUAAUUGGUAAAAACUUAUUUGUUAAAUAUUUAUGUAAUUAAAAAAAUACUAAUAUAAAGCAUUGUACAUAUAA